AUGUCUGACAUUCUUGACCCUGCGGCCCUCAUCGCACACUUACCUCUGCUCGUUCCAUCAGAGACAACUCUGUCCUCUCCACAAGAUGGACUUGCGGCACUACUUCAUACGGCAAUGAAUGCACUUGCUUUCCGUCUGAUAGCUGUUGACGAUGAAACGACUUCAACUUCUGCCUUGACCGUCCUCCCGGAAACGUGGAACAAAUCAGGACCAGGGCACUACAUGUUCAAGUAUAAACACGACCAAAGCAGUCUCGUAUUUGUCCUGACGGUGUCAAAACUUGGUGGUCGGACGGUGAUCAAUGCUAUCGCUCUUGAGAGCGACAAAGCAUCUUCUCUGGAUAUUGCGACUGCUGACUUUACAUCGCCUUCGUUUUAUCCCCAUCGCCUUAACACGGACCCUUUGAUCAACGGCUUCAUCUCUUCGAACCGUGUUACAGAUCUCAUGUCCCAAUUCAAGCUGAAAAUCAUCUCAAAACUCAUUCCGGGUUUGCGCAAAGACGGCUAUACCGAGACCGCGACGACUUCCACCACCAAUGCACCCUCGACUUCCACCCAACCCCAGGCUGUGCCCCGCUUCCAGCCUCCCCCCCGUGUUUCCCGACGACAACUCCUUCCAGUUACCGCCAAGGACCGGCCCGCGUAA